CACCGGCAGCUCCGGAGCGGAUUAAUAACCACCGGGAGCUUUAAGCACCGAAAGGGAAUCCCCGAUCAACCUGCUCACAGGAGUUUUUACUUUACACACACCGACUGUCACACGAUGCUGCUGGAGCGCGAGGACAGCUUCAUGUCGGAGUUUGAGGACGCGUGCAGUGCCUGGGUGGACAGUGUGGGCUCGAGCCCGAGCGACGGGAGCGACUCUGACGUGGGAUCACCUUUCUGCCAAGUCUUCUCUCCGGGAACUGACGCCUCGGACUCAGAUUUCUUCUCUGACUUCAGCGACUGCUCUUCGGACACACUCUCUCCAUCUCUCGGCUACACCGGCAGCUUCUUCACGGAGCCGGAGGCGGCACCGGCAGCAGCGGUACCGGCAGCAGCGGCACCGGCAGCAGCGGCACCGGCGGCAGCGGCACCGGCGGCAGCGGCACCGGCGGCGGCGGGUCUGAGCAGCACCGCGGACGCGAUCCUCAACAUGAUCACGGAGAUCGUCGGGAUCUGCACGGAGAUGGAGCAGCAGGGGGACCACAGCUCUCUGAGCCCGGCAGCAGCGGUUCCCUCCCCGCCGCUCUUCGCUCCGUCCCCCUGCGGGCCCCCCCUCCCUCCCCCGCCGCCCCCCGCGGCUCCUCAGCCGGUGACGGUGAAGAGUGAGUUCGGGAGCUCCAGCUGCAGCAGCGGGUGCGGGCAGCCCUCGGUGGCCGUCAGUGAGGCUCUCUUCCCGGGCAGCGGAGACUCGGUGCUCCCGCUGUCCACUCUGGAGCAGCUGGAUGUGUCGGACUUCAUCGACUCUCUGCUGAGCUCCGAAGCCGCGCAGGGCGAGCCGCGGCCCGGCGUGGAGGUGAAGCAGGAGCCGCUGGGGCUGGAGGACUGGUUGAAGAGCUUAACGGCGGCUGCGCCGGUGACCGGGGGAGACUCCGGCAGCUACGUCAUCAGCAGGCCGGUAGUGAAGACGGAGCUCGCGCAGAGCUCCCCCUCCUCCCUCCCCUCCACCCUGGACGCUCAGCUGCUCUCCUCGCUCCUGCAGGGCGCGUUCCCGAUAGUCAACAUCAGCAGCGUGCACGCGCCAGGAGCUCCCAAACUUUCACGCGCGGGAAGGAGAACUCCCGCCAAGAACGGACUGAAAGUGAAACCGUUCCCGUGCUCCGUGCAGGGCUGUGAGCGCCGCUUCUCGCGCUCCGACGAGCUCAACAGGCACGUGCGCAUCCACACGGGACAGAAGCCCUUCCAGUGCACCAUCUGCGCGCGCAGCUUCAGCCGCAGCGACCACCUGACAACUCACACGCGCACGCACACGGGGGAGAAGCCCUUCUCGUGCGACGUGUGCGGCAAGCGGUUCGCGCGCAGCGACGAGAGGAAGAGGCACGGGCGCGUGCACGUCAAGCAGCAGCUGCGCGCGCAGAUGAUGGCCGCGUACUCACUGGCCCUGAACGCGCCCGGAGUGUGAUCGGGAGCGCGCUUGAGGAUAAGUUUCGGGAUUUGAACCGUCGACCGGAAAACGUCAGAGGCGUUUCCAUGUGACGUCACACUGAAGGCGUUUUUAAGCCUGGAGGCACGUGUUUACAGGUGUCCAGGCUGCUCUCAUGGCGCAUGCGUGAGACUGAGUCCACAGCAGGAGGAAGAGGACUCAGAGAAAUGGGGACUGGAAGACUCUGAUCCCGGACCAGCAGGGUCUGGACUUUAAAGGAGCAGUCCGCCUGUUUUUACUGUAACAUAUUUACAUUUUUGCAUGAUGACGUAAGAAACUGAAUGUUGACGUCAGAAUGUCGUGAUUUUGUUUCCUGUUUUGACUUUUUCUAUCUGAGGGGUUUGAUGUUUGUACCACAUCUCUAUUUUUAUAGUUUGUCUACCUCUUCCUGUGUCGCAUCGAUGAUGUCACUUUUCUAUGAUGUAAUCAGAGGCACGCAGGUAGCGCUGCACCGGUGCAUUGUGGGACAGGUGUGUCUCGGCAGGUUGAUGUUUCCUCGUGCUGCAUGGAGG